AUUAUAGAUUAUAUACAUAUCACAUAUAAGCAUUUUAUCUAACUGAAAUAAAUCUUCGAGCGAUGACAUUAUCAAAGGUAUUUAAUCGGAAAAUUCUCGUCAAUCCUUACUAAACAGAUGGACACUAGAAGCUAUCUAUAUUUGCGAAAAACGUUCUAAAUUAAGUAAUAAAAAGACUUGUAGCCGUCUAAUGAAUAUCGCCUGUGCGUAUGAAGAAACAAUGGUGCUAUGUGUCGUGUAAAGCUUGACAGUUAAACAUAAGAAGUAAGAAUAAAGACAUCCAUAUAUAUAUUAUUGCAUUAAUUGAAGCAAGAUGAAGUUUGCAGAACAUCUGUCUGCUCACAUUACGCCUGAAUGGCGUAAGCAAUACAUAAGCUACGAGGAAAUGAAGGCAAUGCUCUAUACUGCUGUAGAAGAAGCACCGUCAGCUGAAAGUGUUGUUCGUGAUAUUUCGAUCGCACCGAUAGAAAGUUCUGAUCAAACGCAAAUUUUGCGUAUGAUGGGUGAAGAAGAAAAUGGUGUACUCAAUAGAGGUAAACGUAAAGUUGGUGGUAAACGACAAGCUACUAGUAAAGAAGACAAACGGGCAUUGCUGAAAGAAGAAACAGUUGAUAUAGAUAUAUCAAAUGCCAGUUAAAAAUAGUUCAAUUGUUUUAUUAUCAGAACCUACGCAAAGCAAUGUUAUUCCAAAUUUAAUGUAAUUUUUAUAUAGGCAAUAGUUUGCCAGAAAGAGUGCAGGUCGUACUUUAUGAACAAUUAAUAUUUCCUUUGUUCAAAAUUGAAGAUUGUGAGGCUGAACUGAACAAGUGCCUUGUAUAUAUCCUGUUUAUUAAACUAUGAAUUUAAUAACUUAGUGUAAAGAUAUAGAAGGGAUUCGGAAAUUCAAAUAGUUCACUUUAUUCAACACACAACAGUUAUACACAUAUGUUAUACUCUAAAGACCUCGUAAACCUACUCGCUCGCUCGCUUGUUGUCAACCGACUCUUCCAGAUGCUUCUUAACGACUGCUUGUCGGAUUUACAUGAUUUGUCGAAUUACUUAAUAGAACCUUUAAACCUUAUUACUUUAUUUACAUUCCUCUUAGUUUACAUUCAUCCAUGACCUAAACCUUUCAAAUUUCUUUCUACACAGUGCCUUCGUAAAAAUAUCCGCAGUAUUUUUGCCUGUACUUACUUCAAUUAUAUUUAUCUUGUUUUGUUGUUGACGAGUGUGCUGUAUUUCGCAUCCUUUAUUUGUUGAUAAUAUAUACGUUCCAAGCAAUGCGGUUGAAUACCCGGCAUCUCGCUGUAUUCUGUAAAAAGACAAUAGUUCGUAGUCAUUUAUCAAUUUAUCAUUUAUCAAUUUGUCAUUUAUCAAUUUUGAUGUAGCUUACUCUAUCGGAGCCUCUUCCAUUUCAAUGUCUCCUUCUUCCUCCUCACCAGUCGUGAUAACAUGAAUGGGGGCCUGGUGGUCCACCCCCAUAGCGAGUAGAGUUGUAGUUCUCGUGUGCAGAUAGUGACUCUAUGAACUUUGUGAAUUCGUUGUUGUUGUGCUCUUUUAUUUCGUUUUUUAUUUCCUUUGCGAGUUUGUUUAGGUGUUUUUUGUUUUCUUUUGUUCUAUGUUUUUGCCAUUUUGC